GGAUUAAACAUAAUAACAGCUGGAUUUAUAUAUACCAAUUGCAUCACUUAUUUCACCAUGUAAACAAAUACAAUUUUAAACUAAGAUCAUGUAAACAAAAGAGGAUAUAACAUCACAAUAUUUUAUUCCGUAAUAUACAGACUUACUUCAAGGAUCAAUUACUUAAUAAUACCAGCUUUAUUGAAGAGUUAUACCCCCGAGUAAUUGAGUAGUAAGCAACCAUGCCCCGAGGGGUAGUGGACGAUCUCUCCACCCUCGAGAUACUCGAUGAGAGAACCAUACUCGAUGAACUGCAGGCCAGAUAUAAAAAUGGAAUAUAUUACACAUAUAUAGGCGAUGUACUUGUAGCCAUUAACCCGUUCCAUUCCCUUCAUUUGUACGGACGAGAGUAUCAUGAAAAAUAUCGCAAUGUCAAGGUCAGAAGUCAACUUAGUCCACACGUGUUUUGGGUUGCGGAUCAGUCAUAUCAGCGCAUGCGCGAGACCCACAACAGCCAAUGUAUUCUCGUGUCUGGGGAGUCUGGGGCAGGAAAGACCGAGAGUGUCAAACUUAUAAUAAGACACAUCACACAACUCAGCCCAAGUGCAAAUGCAGUCCUCUCCGAAAAGAUUAUAAUGGUGAAUCCACUUCUUGAAGCGUUCGGUAACGCAAGAACUGUUAUGAAUAACAACUCCAGCAGGUUUGGUAAAUACGUCGAACUGAACUGCACAAAAGAUGGAACAUUAAUAGGCGGAACAAUCAGAGACUACCUGUUGGAGAAGUCGAGAGUGGUGCGCCAGGGACCCGGAGAAAGGAAUUUCCACGUCUUCUACAACCUGUUUGCAGGCAUGUCCGAGAACCGUCUCAGAUACUACUAUCUUGAGGCCCCUGAAAAAUAUAGAAUAAUAAACCAGACUACUCACUUAAGUGGGCAAGUGUUUUCUACUGAGAAAGAGAAACUACGUUGCCAGCACAUGUUCCAGAAACAGGAGGACAUAAUGCGACUUAUAGGCUUCACUGAGAAGGACGUCUCCACAGUUUACACUCUCCUUUCGUCUAUACUCCACCUGAGUAACAUAGACUUCGCCAACAAUGAGGUGACUGAUGGCGUCUAUAUAACUGACGAAUACCCUCUAAAAGUCGUUGCCAACCUUCUGUCACUUGACAAAACUGAACUGACCACUGCAUUGAUAUCUACUUCCACAUCGACGAAGGGAGAGGAAGUUGUCCAUUUCAAGAACAAGGACCAGGCUAAGGAUGGCCAGGACGCUUUAGCGAAGGCUGUUUACCAGCGACUGUUUGGAUGGCUUGUCAGACAGAUCAACAUACAGCUGAAACCAAAAGUUGAUCUUAGGCCUGGGUUGAUAACUAGUAUCGGUAUCCUCGACAUGUCCGGAUUUGAGAAUUUCAAGACUAACAGGUUCGAACAACUCUGCAUCAAUGUAGCUAAUGAGCAGCUACAGUACUUCUUCAACGAACAUAUCUUCUCCCAGGAACAGAGGGCCUAUGAGGGUGAUGGCAUUGACUGGACUAGACUCAAAUACGAAAACAACGGGCCACUUCUUGAUCUGUUCCUCUCCAAACCUGUUGGAAUCUUCGCUUACCUGGACGAGGAUUCUAAGUUUCCGAAAGCAACAGAUGGUACCUUUGUGCAGAAACUGAAUACAAACUUUGCCGACAAUCAGUACUUUUCUAAAUCACCAGGAGACCAAGUUAACUUCACCAUCAAACACUUUGCUGGAAUGGUUACCUACGAUUGCAAUGGUAUAUUGGAGUCGAAUAGAGACACUCUAAGCAUGAAUUUGCGUGAAUGCCUGGCAAAGAGUUCAAAUGAUCUGAUUAGUAAACUCUUUACAGCAAAACUCUCAGACACUGGAACCAUUUCAAGAUCUGAAACAAAUUUCCCCAUUAGAGCGAAGAAUCCGUUUGAUCACACAGAAAUUGGCCACCAAAACGUUGACAGUAUAUCAAAAACAACAGGAGCAAAGUUGUUAGAAAAGAUCAGACGAAGUCGUGAGAAACUAGAUGAACCAGGAUAUUCCAGACCGGAUCAGACACUAACAAACGCUAUGAGGAAUUCUCUCUUCGAACUGAUGGAGAAGAUGUCGACAUGCCAGCCCCUGUUUGUGAGGUGUAUGAAACCUAACAGACAGCUCCAGGCUGACAAGUUUCAGAGUGAUGUCGUUCUGGACCAACUUAGAAGCAAUGGCCUACUUGGAAUCGCAAAAAUAAGACGAAUCGGAUACCCCAUAAGAAUGGAGUUUGCCGAUUUCAUAGAAAAGUACAAGGUGGUAGCAUUCCAGGCGAGUCAAUUCGUGAAACCCCUUCCAGUGAAUUGCAUCGAAAUCCUGAAAAGGGUUCACCUGACAGAUUACGCUAUCGGGGAGACAAAGGUGUUCUUAAAGUUUUGGCACCAGGAUGCUUUACACAGCUACCUAUCCAGAAUCACAACAGGAAUCGUGGACCUUCAGGCGCAAGUCAGGGGAUAUUUGACUCGACAGAAAUACACCAACUCAAUCAGAGAGGCCAAAUCAAGAGCCAGAAGACGUUUGGUCAAUCGAACCCCUAGUCUGACAUCAGGGGGUAGGGCUUCUGACACAACUCACAGGACAUCAACGUCUAGGAAGACGGGGCGUACAGGAACUGAAACCGAAACAUUAACAGAGAGAACAUCUACAAAGAUUGAUCAUACAACUGACGCAAGUCACAGCGAGAUAACUGACCUAACUCAUCGACACCAGAUCUCCACUGGCAAAAUGAUCAAAGAAAAGGAGGAAGACGAGAAUUUACUACCCGAACAUUUGUGGAACGUCUUUCAACUGAUACCAAGGGAAAGGGUGAGUGCGAGUGAAAGUUUCGCGAACGCCGUGAAGGUCAUCAAGCUUGUAUUCUACAUCACCUUAUUUGGUGUCGUCUUGGGCGGAACAGUCCUUAGUAAAUCUACGUUACUGUUACUAACAUCUGGACUUGGAAGCAGACUUGGACAAAAGGCUAAAGCCGCAGUGGUUCAACGGAACUCAUGCGCAAGUAUGUUGAUUCUGUGCAUCAUAGUUCCCCAUAUUCUGACGUUCUUGAUGUAUCUUGCCAAAGCCUUAUUUGGAAGUCAACCUUGGCCAACUGGGAAAAUGGCGUUGAAGAUCUUAACAGUGGAGCUGUUACAGACGUUGGGAAUGUGUCUUCUUAUAUUCCGCGUUCUUCCUGAGGUCGAUAUGAUACGUGGUCUGUUCAUACUAAACGCAUGUUGUGUGGUCCCCGUAUUCUGCAAGCUCUUCUUCAGUCAUAAACCAGUCAAUGAGAAAAGGCGUACCAUCUGGCUGAUUGUAAACUUCUUUGCACUGACAGUACAAUUGUCAGCCAUUGGAGUCAUCCUAGCUUCUGGAUUCAAAUUGUCUAAAGAUUCUCUUCUGGAUAUGAACGAGGCCAAGAAACCGAUAACAACAACACCAGCCCCGCAAUCUGAAUUUGAAAGAGAAAUGAGUAUACUAGAAGGAGGGAGAAUAGCUCGAGGUGUGGAUCUUCAACUUGAAAAAGGAAUGCGCCUUCAGCGAUCUAUCGAAGACACUGUAUUGGGAGAUAAACUAAUGAACAAUCUCGCUGAACGCAUUGAAAAAAGCAGAGAGAAGCGACAGUUUGAUUUUAGUUUUGGAGGGCUCACUCCGGCAAAUGGAUCAUCUGGAGGCAGUCGAGGAAGAGGACGUCCUAAGUUUGGUAUGAAGCCAAUUAUGUACAUGCGCAAAGAGGUUGAUACAAACGACUUCCUGCGAGGCACUAUUCUAUGGGAAGCAGCAAUCGCCUCUGUAUUGGUCUCACUAGCUUGGUGGGAAAACUUCGUGGACAAGAACCUCUAUUUUGGGAAAAGGCUCAUCCUUCCAAUGCGUCAGUUUAAAGCGCAGCUUCACGAGUGCAGACAAAAAGCGACCGUCUUUGUCAGUUUAUGGAAAACGGGUCUAACAAUUGCAUUUGCCUACAUAUUCGUGCCUGACUUUUCAUUCUCGUUCUUCGUAGCUACAGUCACUGGCAAUCAUAACACGGAUACACUCAUCGACUACGCACCAUUAUUUGUCCAAAUGUUCACCAGCAUGGCGGUGUACUACUUCGGUAGCUUGGCCUGCAAGUUAUGCAUGCAGCAUUUCAGCUUCUCUGUUCCUUUAGCACUGUCUACACCUGUCACAUUCGUUGUAUUGUGGCUCCAGUGUCACACGACUCCGGUACUUCCAGAGAAUCCAUACACUUGGGUGUGCUCAGAGAUGUCUGGGGUAAUCUUCUCCUGGCACAUGAUAGCUGCUGCCCUCUGGUGGAUAUCCCAGUUGAUUAUUGCUGGUCACAUCUGGUUUCCCCAAGCAGGGCGUCUUGAAGCGACUGAAAGGUUAUUCGUACUUCCCGUGUAUUGUGGAACUCUAAUAGAACAAUGGAUGAUGUUCAACCGUAGGCGCGAUGAUAAGGAAGUGAUUUGGUCGAGCACAAGUGGUGAAAUAAAAUACAUUGAUGUUGAUGACAGGAUGUCCCAGAGUAGCAUGACGGCCCUGACAGGGACCAGUAGGACAUCUACCAGCAGAACAAUCACCAACCACACAACUACAAACAAUCGCUCUACUACGACAGGUUUCUCAAAGGGUAAAAGUGAAGAUGAUACUGAGCAACAGGAAGAAGAGGCAGUUCCUGUUAUAUACGCAUGCGCAACUAUGUGGCACGAAACCCGAGAGGAGAUGAUGAAACUUUUGAAGUCAAUUUUUAGAAUGGACGUUGACCAAUGCGCUCGUAGAAAUGCUAGGGAAUUCUUUGGAAUCAAGGACCCCGAUUACUAUGAGUAUGAAACUCAUAUUCUUUUCGACGAUGCUAUGGACUUGACGGAUGACCACGAGUCCGUGCCGAAUAUGUUUGUACAGAGGUUAUUUGAAGUCAUCGACGAGGCCGGCAGUUCAGUGCACGAGAGCGCCAUCAAACUUCCACCUCCUACCAAGGUCCCAACGCCAUAUGGUGGAAGACUUGUAUGGAUACUUCCCGGUGGUUCUACGCUGCACGUCCAUAUAAAAGACAAACACAAGAUUCGCCAUAGAAAGAGAUGGUCGCAAUGCAUGUACAUGUACUACUUACUCGGCUACAGACUGAUGGCCCAAAGAGAAGAUGAAUUCAUGGAGGAAAAUAAAACUGAAACUGCCUCAAAGAAAGAUAGCACCGGGACAGCAGGCUCAGAGAUAUCAUCAAUGAGGAAAAGAACUAAGAGUGCUCGGAAUCAGAACUUGGACCACUUUACAAGAAGUGACAUUUUCAAACGAGUAGAUGAACGACUUCACCGACAGGCUGAGACAACGUUCAUUCUGACACUGGAUGGAGACAUUGAUUUCAAACCGGAUGCAGUGAGAUUGCUUAUCGAUAGAAUGAAGAAGAAUAAGAAAGUGGGAGCUGCUUGUGGCAGAAUCCACCCAAUCGGAUCAGGACCCAUGGUAUGGUAUCAACAGUUUGAAUAUGCCAUUGGUCAUUGGCUCCAAAAGGCUGCUGAGCACGUCCUAGGCUGUGUUUUGUGUAGUCCAGGGUGCUUCAGUCUGUUCAGAGGAUCUGCUCUUAUGGACGACAACGUAAUGAGGGCCUACAUUAGGAAAGCAACGGAAGCUGCCCAUUAUGUCCAGUAUGAUCAAGGUGAGGAUCGAUGGCUCUGUACGCUAAUGCUUCAACAAGGCUACCGUAUUGAGUAUUGUGCCGCUUCUGACGCCUUGACACAAUGUCCAGAGGCGUUCAGCGAAUUCUACAACCAGAGAAGACGCUGGGGUCCAUCGACUUUGGCGAACAUUGUAGACUUGCUCCAGUCUUAUGAAAACACCGUUAGGAUCAAUGACAAUAUCAGUUAUUUCUACAUGUUAUACCAAUUCAUGUUGUUUGUCUCCACUAUCCUAGGGCCCGCAACGGUAGUCAUGAUGAUAGCGGGUUCCUUCAAUGCUGUAUUGGGUACCAAUUUGUGGCAGUCAUAUUUAAUGUCGCUAGGCCCCGCGAUCUUCUUUACGGUAAUUUGUAUGUCGUGCAAGGAUCAAACUCAGAUUAAUGUUGCCACUAUAAUGAGUGCAAUAUAUGCUGUUGUAAUGAUGGUUGUCAUCGUCGGUACCGUUAUUAACGCCACAACUGAGAGUAUCACUUCGCCCAAUGUGGUUUUCUUGGUAGGGUUGACAAGUUUCUUCUUUACAUCUGCAGUUCUUCAUCCAGAGGAAUUUUUCUGUAUUGUCCCUGGUGCUUUGUAUUUCCUUUGCAUUCCUUCAGGUUAUGUCUUACUUAUUAUCUAUUCAUUGUGUAACAUGAAUAACGUAUCAUGGGGAACAAGGGAGGUACCGAAGAGAAAAACAAAGGAGGAAAUUGAACAGGAAAAGAUAGAGGAAGAUGAGCGAAAGAAGCGAAAACAGGAAAAGAAGGGAUUAUUGGGUUGGCUAGGGCUAAAUCGCAUACUAUCUGAUGUCAAGGACUUUUACAUUCAGAUGGUUGGACAGCGAGCUCCAGUGCAGCAAGGCCCAACAACAGAACAGAUCCUCCUGGAGUUGAAAAAUUCCCUAGACAAACUUCCAGAUAUGAUAAACCCAAGGCGCUCAGCUCACCACUUUGAUGCGAUGAGCACUCAAGCAGGAAGCACACGUGCAGGUAGUACACACGCUGGAUCGGUCAGUACCCAUCCUCAAAGUGGCUGGUCGGGAACAACUCAUCCUCACAGUGGAUGGUCGAGAACUACUCACACUAGAGACGGUGAGUCCACUGACGUUGCAAUGACAAUACCUGGUCUAACCUCACAUGGUGGGACCUCGCACGGGUACACUACUGGUCAGGAGUCUAUGGGAAAUACAAACACCGUUCAGUACUCUCAUAUUGAAGGAACUGAAACUGAUUUUACAACUGCGACGCCAUCACAUACUCAAUUUACUGAAACUGGAACACAAUCGCAUACCAACUUUACUACAACCAACACACACACGCAGUAUUCGACUGGUGGCGAGUCAGCGGGCACACGAACACCUAGACAUGAGUCGACACUGCAGUACUCCACAGUAGGCUCAGCUAUAGACUCGUCAAGGCAGGCAGGUUCCACAAUGGGUUCAAUGACAGGCACGUCGCACCACGGAGCCUCUUCGGCGUCAUCCCAUCACAUUCCAACAUCUCUGCGCUCUCAGGCCGACUGGAGCACCACGUCACACGCCUCCACUGCAAGGAGACAGCGUAACAAUCUUAAGAACCCUUUCUGGAUUGAUAUUGACUUCCUCGGGAAUGGUGCUAUCAAUUUUCUAGGUAAACGAGAAAUAGCUUUCUGGAGACAAUUGAUUCGAAUAUAUCUGCAUCCUCUUGAUGAAGACAAACAGCAUCAGGACAAGAUUGCCCAAGAUCUGAAGAAUCUCAGAGGGAAUGUUGUGUUUGGUUUCUCUAUGUUAAACCUUCUCUGGAUGAUCAUCAUUUUCCAGAUGCAACUGAUGAAAGAAGACCUUGAAGACAUCUUCGUAGAGAUUCCUAGAGCUGAUGGCAAACCGGCAGAACGUUUCGAGCCCCUCGGUUUGGUGUUCUUGACCUUCUUCGCUAUCAUUCUGAUCCUUCAAUUCGUCUCUAUGUUGUGUCACAGAUGGGGCACUCUACUGCAUAUAGUAGCUAUCACGGAGAUAGAUUGGCCAUUCAUGAGGAAACACUGGAAGGCUGAGGAUGAUAUUCAAGGUGCUAUAGAGUUAUCUAAAAAGCUGCAACGAAUACGAGGACUUGACGAAGAUCCGCAUCCUGCCUACGGUAUCCACUCAAGUGCCCCUACAAUGACUCAAACGGCAACUGGGUAUACUGACAGUCAUAUUUACAGUGAACUGGAUUCAUUCGUCCACCCGUCUAACGAGUCACAUUUAACAGGGGACACCACCGAAAAGACUUCUACCCACAUGGGUGAUACUUCGGUGACUAUGACAAAGACUGGCAGAGGUGACCAGACUUCUACACAGUAUGAUACUGAUACUAACACUCAGACGGGAACAACAACGAACCGCACUACUACUGCCUUAACAAACCAGAGUGUCACUGGGACGGACACCAUGACAAGGGACUACAGUGUAACUGGCACCAACAUGUCUGUUGGAGACUCAACAAAAGAUCUCGAUGCUCAUUCACUAACGAACGCCUCUGCCACGACACCCAUGGCUGAUUAUAGCACACAUGGAUAUAACACAGACAACGCAGAUACACAAUCAGAAGGGACCCAUAUAUUUAGGAAAAAGGACCAAGGCGACCAACAGUACAGUAGAAUGCACCCUGCUAUGAAGGCAAGGCAGAGGUAUAGCUAUGCUGGAGACUCAGAUAGUAGAAGGUCAUAUGGAUCUGGACGAGCAGCGUCUGAUAUCCAACCUUCUUCCGGAAGCAAUACUGGGAAGUCAUAUGACCAACACAGCCUAUCAUCGCGAGCUUCGUCAGUCAGCGGUCACCGCUCACGAAGUGAAUAUUCAGGUCCAGGUCAUAAGCUUGCGUAUGGGGGGACUCUGCAAAAAGCCUUCAGGCAGAGAUAUGAACUGCUGAAACGACUCAGUGAACCAAACAUACCACAGGCAGUCGAUAGUACUGUUGUUGAUGUUGAGGGAACUGAGAAGAAGAAGAUGGACAUUGACCCCAAAACGAGUCAAAAACAAAAACAAGUUUACAAGAACAUAAAAGAUAAAUACGAUGAACACGUGAAAAGUCGAAAAGCAAAGCAAGGAAAAUUAUCAGCGAGGGAGUUUUUCGGCCUCAAACCAUCAACUAAAAAGUAAUUAGUUGUUCGAAAAUGUAUAUAGUUUUGCCUGUGUUUGAGUCGUGGUGUGCGGAUAGUCUUAUUUUAAUUUUGUGUAUGGAAUUGGUUAUUUUAAAAUUUGAAUAAUGACGUACAAUUGGUACAAUUGGUGGAUGACAGAAGUGCAUAUAUCGAUCUCAAUUAUAUCACUUAAGGCAUUAACCUGAUGAUGACAUGCGCUUAGUCGGAUAAGUUUUGCAAAGAAAAACAAACAUUUAGCAGAUAAAAUAUUACAUGAUUGUAUUUUCGAUUGUAUAAUGUUUAUAUUGAUUCUCUUUCGUAAUUUAAAAACAUACCAACGGGUCUCUAAGAUGUUUUAGUCUUGUAAAUAUUAUGAUUGUAUCGAUGUGUUUUGAAUCUCUUGCUAAUGUUGUCUUGUGAGAAAAUAUCUUGCAGGGUUAAUACGGAUGUAUUGUCAAAAUUAAAGCAAUUAAAGUAUUCAGGAACAAAAAAAGAAAAACAUAUUUGUAGUAUGGGAUAAAGGUUAUAUUGGAUGUUUGGGAAUAUAUAAAUUCAUAUCAUCAUCUUGCAAACGGUUACAAUACAUGUAAUUCUCCAAAACGAUAGAAUAGUGCAUACAUACUAUUGUUUACUUCUGUUCGGAAUUUAUUUAAAGAAUUGAAGCAUCUUAAAUAGAUAUGGUUUUAUUAAACUUAAACAAUUUAUCACUACACAUUUAUAGUACUAUGUAAAUAUAUUAUAACAUUACAUUCAGUUGCACACUAUCAUAUGAUGUUAAGUGUAUCGGGAUUCAAUAAUAAAAAUAUAUAGGAAAUGUC